AUGGUCUCAACUGUAACUGCAGGUGAAAGAGUCAGAGUCUGGAUCCUGUCGGAGGAUGGAGACCUGCUCCUGCUUCAGUGUCGUAGCUGCAGCUCUGUGUGUCCUCACUGUGCUGUGGAAACUCAGACAGGGCCGCGAUGCUGGGUACAGGACCAUCGCCGCCGCCGCCGCGCCGCCGCCGGGACCUCUCUGUUCUUCAUCGUGUCUCCAGCUCUGUGGGGGGGGGUCCUCCUCAGCUGCAGCCUCUGUCUGCUCUGUGUCAACAGGAGGAGAUCCGAGCUGCUGCCGGGGGAGAACAGAGCUGUACUGAUCACAGGGUGUGACUCGGGGUUCGGCCACGUCCUGGCUCAGCGGCUCAGUCAGGUGGGGGUGCAGGUGUUUGCAGGUGUGCUGGAUGUGAACGGAGCCGGAGCUCAGCGGCUCAGAGAACGAGGAUCUGAGAACCUGCAGGUUCUGCAGCUCGACGUGACCGACAGCUCCCAGGUGGAGACGGUUCACAGCUACAUCUGCAGCCAGGUCGGACGCACAGGUCUGUGGGGUUUGGUGAAUAACGCAGGAAUCCUCCUCUGCCCGGCCAACGCAGAGCUCCACCCGCUCUCCGCCUGCAGACGCUGCCUGGAGGUGAACUUCCUGGCAGCUGUCAACAUGUGUCAGGUCUUCCUGCCUCUGCUGAGACAGUCCAGAGGACGCAUCGUCAACAUGUCCAGCAUGGCAGGCGAGGUGCCGCUGCCCGGCUUCGCUGCUUACGGAGCCUCUAAAGCAGCUCUGAGUGUUUUCUCCCAGGUGAUGAGGCUGGAGCUGGCUGAGUGGGGCGUCAGCGUGGCUUUAAUCCAACCUGCAGGAUUCAGAACAAACAUCUUUGGAAACAGUGAUGACAUCGCUCGUUACAGAGACGAGCUCCUCUCAGCCGUUUCCUCUGCAGCCAGAGAGGAUUAUGGGGAGGCGUACAUCUCCUCCCUCCCCGUCAGUCUGUCCAGAAUGUCCCAGCAGACUCCGGAGGAUCUGUCUCCGGUGGUGGACGACCUGUGUGACGCUCUGCUGUCGGUCCGGCCCAGGCCCCUGUACACCCCCGGACAGAUGGGAUGGCUGCUGCCGUUCCUCCACCGUCACUGUCCCACCUCCGCCUUCGACCUCAUCAUCUCCAGGUUCCCUAAACUCACCGACUGUGAACCUGCAGGACUCAGGAGGACCUGAGACCGGAGACCGGAGACCAGAGACCAGAGACCAGGUCCGGGUGGUUUCAGACAUCACAGUGAACAGCAGAGACUGUUACAAUCAUCCAGAAAUCAAACACAUCAGCACUGAGAAGAAUCCUGUUCAUCUGGUUUGUUCAUCAUAAAAAAUCCCACAGGACCUGAAUGCACCAACACUGAUAAUGUACCUGGUCACUGUCACUUCAUUUGUAUGGAAAGUGUCAAACACACAGUUCAGUCAGCACAGACACAUCUACACAUCGACACUAUUAAACUCUGAGAGAAACGUU